UAAAUUAUUUAAAGAAUAAAGAAGUAUUAAAGUACUCGUACGCAAUUGAUAUAAUUUACUAAUAGUACAAAUUAUUUAAAACUAAUUUUGAAUUUAAAUAGUAAUGGGAGCUGCCUUUAACACUAUAAAAUGGUUUGUUUUUGCCUUAAACAAAAUAUGUCUGUUUCUGGGAAUUGGUGCCAUCUGUGUGAAUGCAAUGGGAAUUGAAGGUUCACAACCGGGUACCGAUGCUCACACCUUUUUCAUUUUGGCCAUUUUGCUGUGUUCUCUUCUGUGUCUAACAACAAUUAUUGGCUGUUAUGGUGUAUUCAGCGAAGUUUUUGGCAUAAAUGUCAUUUAUUCUAUAUUUAUAUUGUCGCUGCUAAUAAUUCAAUAUUUGCAAAUACGAUCAUUUCAACCGCAAGAGUUUUAUUUCAACAAUUUGCAAAACUUGGAAUCAGCAUGGCGUUUAGUUGAGACAAAACCGAAACAUAUGGAUAAAAUUCAGUUACAAUAUCACUGCUGUGGUUUGUUUAAUGCUCACGAUUAUGCCUACAAACACUUAUCGAUUGCCGAUAGUUGUUACGCAUCGAAUGUUAUUGACACGGAUACUGAUGAAGUUUUGACUGCAACUGUUUCGGAUCAGAUCAAUAAUAACGGAUGUUUGGAAACUGUAUGGAGAUCCUACAAAUUUGCUGUACAUCGACAUGUUUUAUUUAACUGGGCUCUUCUUAUAACAGAGUUUAUAACAUUUAUUUAUUCAAUUAUUUUAAGUAUUUUACUAUUUAGACGUCGACUUCGACCACGUUUUGAAAAUCUUAAUCGUGCUGUUAUUCAAGAAUUUGCUCAUCAAAAUCAUAUUGGUUCGAGGCAACUUUUAAUGUCCAACUGAUAGUUUCGGUGCUUAUAUUACAUCAGAACGAACUUGUGGUGGAGGAUUUAAUGGGAUGGCCGCCACUCCAGUAUAUUUUGCAAUUAAGUUGUUUAAUUUGGUCAUCUGUAUCUUUUGUGCCAUAUAAUAUGCAACUGCUGUUAUAGAACUGUGUAAUACCUAUAAUUAAAUAAACAUUUUAUUUAUAUGUAGUUAAUUGAGCUUGAGGUCAGUUUUAUAAAAUAA